AUGGACGUCGUGCUUGAUGUUCUGGAUAUGUUUGUCUUCGACAAGCUAUAUGCGUUUCUUCUACCAGCGAAAUCAUUUGAACUUCUGGACCGGGACUCGCUGCAUGAUUACAACCGCCAUAUCAAUCGGUAUGUCAGCCUCAGGCCAAGACAGUAUGUCGUCAAGAGCAGCUGGUCGCGAGACAAUAUUUUCAGGCAGUUUUUGAGUCUUUUCCUCACGAUCUGGGGCUUCGGACUUCUGCUCUACUUGACCACUGCCACUCUCUCCUUCGCUCUGGUCUUUGACAAACGUGCGAUGCAACACCCCAAAUUCCUUCGCCAUCAGAUUGGGCAGGCGUUGCGUGCAAUGCCGGCGAUGGCGGCCUUGACUGCUCCCUCUCUUCCUGGCCGAAGUGCGUGGACACAGCAAGCUUACCCCCUCUUUAUCGCAUUUACCGAUUUUUCAAUCUACUGGAUUCAUCGAGGACUUCAUCAUCCGGCCAUCUACAAACGCCUGCACAAGACGCAUCACAAGUGGAUCAUCUCCACCCCCUAUGCGAGCUAUGCCUUCCAUCCAGUGGACGGCUGGAGUCACAGUCUUCCAUACCAUAUGUAUCCGUUUCUCUUUCCACUCCAGAAGGCGGCGUAUUUGGGUCUGUUUGUUUUUGUAACCAUCUGGACGGUCAUGAUUCAUGACGGAGAGUACGCUCUCGAUUCACCUGUGAUCAAUGGAUCGGCCUGCCACACUAUCCACCACUACUAUUUCAACUACAACUACGUGCAGUUCACCACGCUUUGGGACCGUAUUGGAGGAAGCUAUCGCAGGCCAAAUCGGGAGCUGUUCAACAGGCAAGAACGGCUCAAGCAGACGGAGAUCCUGCGGCAAGUUGAGGAGAUGGGGAGAUUGGUAAAGGAGGUUGAAGGAUCUGACGAUCGGUGUUAUGAGCAAGACACCAAGGAAACUUCUUGA